CUUUAUAUUCCUCCUGUGAGCCAUGGCUGAGAGAAGACUCCUUCCCCAGGAUGAUGACCAGGGUUCCCUGCUGUCCAGACUGGGUACCGACAGCCCUAAACCCCGGGUGAAGUUCGGUGGGAUGUUCUGCAACAUCGAAGGAGCUUUUGAGAAUAAAACCUUGAAUUUUGAGUCGUAUAGCCCCAGUUCUGCCAGGAGAAACCCUCGGGGACGAGUGGACGAUCAGAGGGACUAUUUCAGCGACACGUCGAGCAUGAGUGGUUUCAGCAGCGUGAGUCAAACGGCUCCAAGCCGAACGCAGCACACACCGUCCUGCAGUUCACAGGGUCAGACCCUCGUCUACCCCACAGGACCCGGUCACGCGCAUAAUGGGCGACGAGAGAGUGAUAAACUUAUUAUUAAAGGUGGGAAAAUCGUAAAUGAUGACCAGUCAUUUUAUGCUGACAUUUACAUGGAAGAUGGAACCAUUAAGCAGAUUGGUGAGAACCUCAUUGUUCCCACCGGCGUGAAGACAGUGGAUGCCUAUGGGCACAUAGUGAUCCCGGGAGGCAUCGAUGUGAACACCUGUCUACAGGCCCCUCACCAGGGCAUGACCCCGGCAGAUGACUUCUACCACGGCACCAGAGCUGCUCUAGCGGGAGGAACCACCAUGAUCAUUGACCAUGUUGUGCCUGAAGCGGGAACUAGUUUACUGGCAGCGUAUGACCAGUGGAGGGAUACAGCGGACAAUAGGUCGUGCUGUGACUACUCUCUGCACAUUGACAUCACUCGCUGGCAUGAUGGGCUGUUUGAGGAGCUGGAGCAUCUGGUUAAAGAUAAAGGGGUGAACUCCUUCCUGAUCUUCAUGGCUUAUAAGGACAAGUAUCAGAGCUCUGAUACACAGAUCUAUGAGAUGUUCAGUGCUAUGAGGGAACUGGGUGCCAUCGCACAGGUUCAUGCUGAAAACGGUGACAUCAUUGAGGAGGAACAGAAGAAUCUUUUGGAUCUGGGAAUCACUGGCCCAGAAGGACACGUCCUGAGCCACCCGGAGGAGGUGGAGACUGAGGCUGUGUAUCGAGCCAUCACCAUUGCUAAACAGGCCAACUGCCCUCUCUAUAUCACAAAGGUGAUGAGCAAACCAGCUGCUGAUGUCAUCGCCAAGGCCAGGAAAAAGGGCAUGGUCAUCUAUGGAGAGCCAAUCGCUGCCAGCCUGGGCACGGACGGCUCACAGUACUGGAGCAAAAACUGGGAAAAAGCUGCUGCAUUUGUCAUGUCUCCUCCUCUGAGCCCCGACACAAGCACUCCAGAUUACCUCAGCUCACUGCUGUCCUGUGGAGAUCUUCAGGUGACGGCCAGCGCUCACUGCACCUUCACCACGGCACAGAAAGCUGUUGGAAAGGACAACUUCACCCUCAUUCCGGAGGGGACCAACGGCAUCGAGGAGCGGAUGAGCAUCGUCUGGGACAAGGCUGUGGCAACCGGUAAAAUGGACGAGAAUGAUUUUGUUGCAGUGACGAGCACAAAUGCUGCAAAAAUCUUCAACCUGUAUCCUCGGAAAGGCCGAAUCGCUGUAGGAUCGGAUGCUGAUAUAGUCGUCUGGAACACCAAGGAGACAAAAACCUUUUCUGCCAAAUCUCACAAUCUGACAGUGGAGAUGAAUAUCUUUGAGGGAAUGGAGUGCCGAGGUUUCCCGGUGGUGGUCAUCAGUCAGGGCAGGAUCGUUCUAGAGGACGGGAAUCUCAAUGUGACAGAGGGUUCAGGCCGCUUCAUUCCCAGAAAAGCCUAUCCUGACUUUGUCUACAAGAGAAUCAAGGCCCGUGGCAGGAUGGCUGAUGCUCGUGGUGUUCCUAGAGGAAACUAUGAUGGCCCCGUUCAUGAUGUCAUCAGUAUGACCAAAUCUGUGCCAGCCACUCCUACCACUAGAGGGCCCUCAUGUCCCGGAAAGACCCCACUGGGACCAGCUAGAAAUCUGCACCAAUCCGGGUUCACUUUAUCUGGCACUCAAAUGGACGACCACAUCCCCAGGCGUACAUCACAGAAGAUCGUAGCGCCACCUGGAGGCCGUUCCAAUAUCUCAUCCCUCUCAUGAACCUGGUCCACCAGGGGAUCCAACAACAGCAGCUCCGCCUCCUCCGGCUUCCAGUUUUAUAUUACCUGAAUCAUGCAAAUAUUAAUCGCAAUAAAUCCAUACACACUGCUAACCCAAUAUAGGCAAUGCAGCAACUCACUAUAGCUUUCCAUGAAUUCAUAUUCACUAUAUAAUCUGCCUCUCCUGUGGUCCGACUCGCUCAUAAUGUAGCAUGCUCUUUUAUCAGAGUCACCCAGAAUCCAUUCUGCUUUAGCGUAGCAUCGAUGGCGUGAAGACAGCAAGUGGUUGUGUUUGUGAACUACUGAAUGAAUCUCAUUCUAGUACUGCCUUUAAACCAGUGCUUUCCUCCUGACACAUAUAGAUUCAGACGAGAUGAUUAAAUGGGAAGGGUGUUUUCUAUGGAAGCCCGUUUAUGCCACAGGAAAUAAAGAAAAUAAAAAAAAAAUGUAAUUGCGACUUUUUUUUAAAUUGCAGGAAUUUAACUCUGAAAUUUAACUCUUGGCUGGGACUGGGGGAUCAGAAUUGUGAGAUUUCUGUGUAUGAAAUCAUGAAUUCUGACUUUUUUUCAGAGAAUUACGAUUUUUUUUUUAAAGAUUUUUUUUUUUUCAGAAUAUGCAAAUCAAGCUAAUGUCAAAAACUUGAUGUUGAUUUGAUGUAAAUUGAAGGUCAAACAUAUUGGCCUAUAUAUACAUUAAAUCAAUUAAAGUGUGGAAUUAACCUCCUAUUUUCACCCAAUUACCACUGGAAGAAAUUGCUGUCCAAACUGAAUUUACAGCGUUACAGCAUCUUUGAUGUCAAACUGAGAUCAAGGAGCCUGCUUGGAAGUCACAAGUACCCUUUUUAUUUUUGAUUCCAUGGCAGAAACGUGCUUCCACAGUUUUCUGCACCAGUAGUGAGUCAUCUUUUAGAGAUUGUGUUUAAGACAUUCUGUGUUAAAGAAAAAUUAAGAACUACCUACCGACGGUCUUAGUGCUAAGAUAUAAAGAAAAAAAGAAACUGUUAUUGUUAGGCUUAUCCAUGUUGUUUCUGAGCCUAGAGCAAAAAAUGAAUUCUAGACUUCUGCCUCUAACUGCAUUCAUGAUUUAUGGUUUGGUUUUGAAAGCUAAGACUCAUAACACAGAUACAGCAAUCAGAAAUGCAUUUUUUGUAUGUUUCUAAGAUGACGUUUGGUGCUAUCAAUCUAUAGAUCCAACACAUGCCAAUGUGUUACUGUGAGGAAUAGUCACUUUUUGAACCCAGACGAACGUUUUUUAAUUCUUUUGAGGUUUCUAUUCCUGUAAUGCAUUUAAUUGCCAACAGUCUUUUUGUAGUCUUGACCGGUAUUUGUUGGAAAUCUCUGUAUUAGAUGUAAUGUAAUUUUUGUGAGAUAUUCCAGAGUUGAAUGUCAGUGAAGCUGUAAGAAAACGAUCAGUGGAUUGUCUUUUCUACCUUAUUGUUCAUUCUGUAAAUAUAUGUUGUUUUUCAUUUUUGUGCAUGGUUUGCAUGUCCUCGAUAAUAAAAGAAAGGUUAAAGAAAAA